CUUCAAAGCGGCGCGAUGCGAAUCUGCAAGCGAUCAGUUACCGGGCUUGCUGGGAAAACCUGCAGCAGGAGGAGCAGGAGCAGCACCCACCAUUUCCUUGUUGGAGUACGUGAAUGCCAUGCUGGGGCCUAAGAAGAAAGGCGAAAAGGUGGUGGAGUCGCCAUAAUCUCCCUUCAGUAGCUCCAAUACCUCCAUAAUCCUGCCAGCCAGGCUUUGUCCUUCCGCUUUGCCGGCGCCUUUUCUGCACAACCUCAAUCACGCAGGGCUUGACUUGCGCAGUGGGUACAUUUGUCGACAUCGGGUGCAUCUACAGUAGCCCUUUGGGAAUACCACCACAUGCUGCUGGCUUGAUGCAUGCUUGAAUCAUUCGUUCUCGGUUUCUAGCCUAGUGCUGUAGCUAGCUGAGGGUGGGUGGUGUUUGACUCUCCUUGUACUUAACCAAACUUUGGCCCGGCGUUGUGACAUUUAUUUCGGAAGUGGCGACGAUUGAUCUGGAGUGGAGAGAGAGUGUGGGGAGGUUGUGGCAUGUCACGAAGGGAGUGGGUGGAUUUUUUUCUCGCGGUUUGGGGAAUUGGGUGGCUGCAAUGGUGGAGUUUUGUGUCGAUUUGCGGACAGGUUUGGAGCUAUUCGAGUUUCUGACACCGAAAUCUGAUCACACUGCGUGGUGGGCUCCUUGCCGGUGCGGUCUGCCCUCCUCAACCUUCCAUAAUUGCGGGGCGUCCUUCAUGAUUUCACCGCUUCCGACGCCUAGGGUUGCAGUAGCAGCCGCCGGAGGCUUCUCGGGAGUUCGAAGAUUGAGGUGACUACAUCAGCGAACAUAUGGGUACAUAGGUGCCGAAAGAAUUAGAAUGUGCAAGUUUCUGCGCCGCUGAAUAAGUUUGUGAAUAAUGUAUUCCAUGCAUGAUGAUCAUUACUUCCCCAGAAGUUAUGGACCUCGAGAUGGCCGAGGAGACGGCUUUGCACCAAGAUACCCAAUGCAAGACGAACAAAGGGAUAGCUUCCCUCCUAAGUACACAGCUGAAGAUGAUCGAAGGAAUAGCUACCCACCUAAGUACACAGCUAGAGAGGACCGAAGGGAUAGCUACCCACCAAAGUACACAGCUGAAGAUGACCGAAGGGAUAGCUAUCUGCCUAAGUUCGCAGCUGAAGAUGAUCGAAGAGGUGGCUUCGGAAUUAAACAGCCAGUACCGGAUGAUGACAGGGACCGACUUCCGUCGCGGGAAAAUGGCCGAGGGUAUCAUUUCUCGCAAAUGGGUUUUAUGCCAAAUGGGAGAGGAGACGAUUACCCAUCAAAUUAUUCCAUGCAAAAUGAGCGAGGUGGAAGUUAUGUUUCAAACUACAUAACGCAACAUGACCGAGGUGAUGGCUUCCCACCGGGCAGUAGAGGCUUAGCCCCUCUUAUGGAUGAAUCGCCCGGACCCACUGGCGGUUGGGGUUCUUCAAUCACGUCGUAUAUUGGUUCAUGGAUGGGUCGUGAGGCAAACCCUCCCGGAGGCAAAUCACGAGCGGAGAACGGCUUUUCUCCUGGGAACGUUCGUGAGUCACAGAGGAUGCAAGGAUCUCCGGCCUACUAUAAUGGACACGACUCUGAGUAUUCUAGCCGGUCUUACAGUUUGCCAUCUGCGACCUAUGGAAGCCGAGAUAUCAAGGAGAAGGGUGAUAAUGCUCUGACACUGUAUGAACCCCACCAAGUGGCGCUUUACGAUCCUCAACUAACCGCUGCAAGGAAAGAGGUCAAGGAGUUGGAGGCAGCUUUGGCGGAUAGAGAGGCUCGCAUUCAGAGUCUCGAGAAGGGUCUCAAUGGGAAGAAGAAAUUCAUCAUCGAAAUGGAGAAUGACUUUAAAGAGGUUAGGAAGAGUCUGUUUGUAAUGGAGGGCCGGGUUAAGGAUUUGGAAGCAAACGAAGGCGCGCUCCAUGUGAAUAUGAAAGACAAGGAGCAGGAGUUGAGAGGACUCUUCCAGCGCCUUGAGAAAAUGCAAAGCGACUGUGCGGCGAAAGAUGGGAAGAUCAAGGAGCUUCAAAGCAGUUUACAAGACGCUAAACGUGAGAACCAGCAAUUGAAGGCUUGGAGGGUAGAGCAUGAGCAACAGAGGGAGGCACAGGCGGUUGCUAUGGAUCAGUUGAACUCCAAGGUUUUAGAAUUGACGACAGCUAAUGGGCAAUUGGAGAGCAAGAAACAGCAGAUGAUGAAGCAGGUCAAGGAGCAGACACAACGGAUACAAGAUCUCUCACAGCAGGCCUCAAAACAAGAGCAACUAGUGGCAGCCAAAGAGCUUGAGGCGCAGGGUCUUCAGAAUCAGCUGCGCGGAGAGCAGGAGAAGACUUUGAAACUAAGUGAGGAAGUAGAGGAGAAAAUUAGUCAAAUGGACGAGUUGAUUGUGUAUGUGGAGCAACUUGAGCAAGAGCUCGCAGCUCUGCAGGAGCGAGUGCGGAGCACAGAAUCUGAUGAACACGAACAGCUCAAACUGCAUUGCUCUACUUUGGAAGAGAAAAUAGAAUCCCAUGAAGUAGAGAUGCAGAACCUAAGAGCACGGUUGCGCGAAGAGUGGGAAACUAAGUCAAAAUUGAACGAUAGGUUGCGACAAGCUGACAUCCAACUUGAAGAGCUGAAGCAGCACAUCGGAGACCCAAAGAGCAGGGACUCGGGGAUGAGCGUCAGGAGCUUACCCACGGAGCACUUCGGAAGAGACUCUUCUCUUGGUACGCAAGCUACCCCUCAUCUUCUCGAGAAGACUCUGCAACGCGUCCACGAGAUCGCUGGAAUCUUUUCAAGGCUUUUGAUGAAGGCGAUGGAGCAGGGGAAAAUUGACGGCAUGGCAGUAGCACGCAACAAUUUUGUCCGCUCUGUGUCUCUUGGCAAAGCAGCUCCCCUGAAGUAUGUCUUGGAGGCCAUCACUUGUAAGUUAUUAUUCCAAGGCUUCGAGAAUGAAUGCUUUUAUCUUGAAGAGAGCUCCUCUGCAUUUAUGGACCUGGAGAAGCAGAGAGCUGAAAAUUACCGUCAUUAUCAGCAACUCAGCGUCAUGGAGAACACGGAGCAGUACGUGCACUCGGGAGACACCCUCUUCACUCUUUUUUGUCGCAUGAAGCUGGAAGACUUAAGUGACACCAUUCCCGAAAUUGCAAGUAUGGUGAAGGAGAUGGUCGAUCACGCUUUCGAGAAUUCCUUCUCCUCCGAGGACACCUCUACUGAGGUCACCACCUAUCUCGCUGCCAAGCUCGGCACUACGUUCGUCCAGCUUGCGGUGUGUGUCUGGCAGGUACACAAGCUUGCCUUCUCCUUCAACCCCGUGGCUCGCAUUUUUCGUGUUGCGCAAUCUGAGAAGUUCGUGGAGAAGUAUAUGGAAUCUGUCAUUUUCCAGGAGUCAGAAUCCGACGACGACGAGGACAUGCCCAGCUCGGAUAUUUCACGCGUAGAUUUCAUGGUUGUGCCGGGCUUCCUCAUCAACCAAGCCGUGGUACGUAGCAGGGUUUUUGUCGUCACAAAACCCCUCUCGACCUCAGUUCGGCUGCCGUCCCGAGCCUCAUGAGCCUCACAUUCUUUCGUUGUAGAUAUUUGCCAUUUUUCGCUAAAUCCACAAUGCAAUUCGUGGAUAUUCGAUCUUCUAUUGGUCCUAAUUCCAUUAACAUGAUCCGUCCACUGCAAUUUGAGGUGGAAGACGGACACUCUUACGCGUAAGGAACUGGUCUCCUUAACUACUGUAGCUGGUACUGUACUCCACGUAAAUCCUCAAAGACUAAUUUGAGAUUGCAUUCCGGCUGAAAUGUCUUGCAUGUCAUCAAGGCAUUCCAGCUGCUGGAGCUCGAAAGCAGUUCCUUUAGCUCGAAUACUGAGUCCUGUUCAUGAGAAAUCUCCUGAUUUAACAGGACUUGUUAAAACACGCUUACUUGGUUUUUCCAGCAGCUGUGAGUGUGCUACCCUUGCACUUGCUACUAUUCACAACGAUGGUAGACUUGCUAACAUUGAGUAGCUUGUGAACGUCUAUAGAACCACGAUGGCGCUCCACUCAUGUGAGAAUCUCUUGACUACAUUAUGUUUAGAUAACUUCAAUUCGAAGGUCAUGUAGAGCCACUGAAUUGUAGCAUUCAAUAUCUUGGAGUAGAUUGCCUUCUAGUAUUGUUCCAGUUUGCUCAACUUUCAGAGUGAAGGUAGUUGAAAACUCUUGAUUAGAUACCAAGGGUUGGUUUCCCGAACCAUGAGUUUCAAGCAAUUGAUCCUUGAAUGUCAUGAUAUAUUGAGAGGGAUAGAAGUGUAUAAUUAAUAAAUGUUUGUGUAUUUUUACUUAUGGAAGGAAUAUGAAUGUAGGAAUCUAGCUGGGUUAUGACUUAAAUAUCCCACCCAAUUGAUAUAUGUAA